CCGCUGGUACUAUUCUGCUGGCAGAAGCGUCAUUGGGGAUCUGAGAGCAUCACGGAGAGGAACUGCGUCCGCUCGGUGGGGGGAAAAAAUGACAGAGCACUCUGGAUAAAUGGCAAAUUUUAGGAUGAAAUUUUUCCGGCACUGGCUGCUUUUUGUUUUGUGUCUUCCUUUAUCAAGUGUUUUAUGUUUCAGCGAGUUGUCCUUCAUCACAGAGCCCAGUGAUGUUACUGUAUUACCAAAGGACCCCGCUGUAUUGGACUGUCAGGCCCAUGGACAGCCUCCAGUCACCAUCAAGUGGCUGAGGAAUGGGGUUAAGCUGGCAGAAAGUGAGCACAUACACUUCCUGCCAAAUGGCUCCUUGUACAUACCAAAGAUAAAGCAUACCAAGGAGGAUUCAGAUGAAGGAUUCUACCAGUGCCUCUCCCAAAACAAAUUUGGAGCUAUCUUAAGCCAAAGAUCACGUUUGACUAUCGCAAGUAUCUCAGAGUUUGUGUUGCAUCCUGUGCCUGUUGUGGUGACUGUGGGCUCUGUGGCACGAUUCUCCUGUGCAGUCAUCUCAAGCCCACCUGCUACCAUAAACUGGGAGCUCAACCAAAGGACACUGCCACUGCAGACGGACAGAAUAACUGUUUUGCCAAACGGAGUUCUUCAGAUUCACAAUGUACAACUGGAGGAUGCCGGACACUAUCGAUGUGUGGCAACUAACAUCGGUAGUGUGUUAAAGAGUCGAGAGGCCACACUUGCAGUCAACCAAGAUGCAGGCCCUAAACUACGUCAGAGACCCAGAAUCAUUGCUGGACCUCAAAAUGUGACAGUUUCUCUUCACCAAACGGUGGUGUUGGAGUGUGUGGCCACAGGGAAUCCCCGGCCCAUCAUCUCCUGGAGCCGUGCUGACAGUAAACCCAUUGAUGUGUAUAACGCCAAAGUGUUGGGCAAUGGAAACCUGGUUAUUACUGAUGUCAGUACCAAGCACAGCGGAGUCUACCUUUGCAGGGCCACCACCCCUGGAACCCGCAACCACACCACUGCUGCAGCCAACCUCACAGUAUUAGUGCCGCCAAACAUAGUUGAGAAACCUGAAAGCCAGACCCGUCCGAGGGCAGGCACUGCCCGGUUCAUGUGCCAAGCAGAGGGAGUACCCACGCCUCGCAUCACCUGGCUGAAGAAUGGAGAACAAGUUCACUUAAAUGGGAGGAUUAAGAUGUAUAGCAGUAAACUGGUGAUUACACAGAUUAUUCCUGAGGAUGAUGCCAUCUAUCAGUGUGUGGCAGAGAAUGAACAGGGAUCUGUGCUGUCCUUGGCUCGCCUUAUUGUUGUCAUGUCCGAGGACAGGCCCAGUGCUCCGAGAAAUAUCCAUGCUGAGACCAUCUCAAGCUCUGCUAUCUUACUGGCCUGGGAGAGACCUUUGUACAAUGCAGACAAAGUCAUUGCCUACUCUAUCCAUUAUAUGAAGGCUGAAGGUCUAAACAAUGAAGAAUACCAAGUUGUUAUUGGCAACGACACUACCAGUUACAUCAUCGAUGACCUGGAGCCAGCUCGAAACUACAGCUUUUACAUUGUAGCUUAUAUGCCAAUGGGAGCCAGUCGAAUGUCAGACCAAGUCAGUCAACAUACCCUGGAGGAUGUGCCUCUUCGUACUCCGGAGCUGAGCCUGACCAGCCACAGCACGACAGACAUCCAGGUGAGCUGGCAGCCACUGCCAGCCAAGGUGAGCCGCGGUCGUGUGUCUGCAUAUAGACUCUCUUAUCGCACAGCUGCAGACAGCACCGUCACAUCUGUAGAGCUACUGCAGAACAGCACUGAAUACCUGCUGGAGGGGCUGCAGCCUGACACCAUCUACCUGCUCCGCAUGGCCGCAGCCACCCGAGUGGGUUGGUGUGAGCCCUCAGCAUGGACAUCACACCGUACGCCUAAGACCUCCAGCAACAAAGUGCCUUCAGCCCCUAUUCUUCAACUUGAAGCUUUAAACUGCACCUCCAUUGUGGCACGCUGGCAAAGCUCCCCUGAAUCUGUGGCUAUUCAGGGCUAUCGGCUGUGUUACCACGAGGAAGGACAACCAGAGCAGCCCGACAUCCAGCUGCAGGCUCAAACAAAUACAUACACUAUUGGUGGCCUUGAUCCACGGAAAAAGUAUCAUGUCAAGAUUCUGUCUGUCAGCAAAGUUGGAGAUGGUCACCAAAGAGACCAGACCAUCAGUACCCCAGGAUGUGUGUCGGCUAGAGACCAACUUGCAGCAGCUCCUCCACCUCCAAAUCAAGUCACUGUUUUGGACGGCAAUUCAUCUGCAGUGUCCCUGCGCUGGAGUCAUCCUCCUUUCCCCUCUGGCAAGGCUGUCAGUUAUACAGUCCGCUGUACACCUGUGGGCACUCAUAACGUCUUUGCAAUACGCUACCUGCAAACUACGAAGCAAAGUGUGACAGUUCAGAAGUUGGAUCCAAACACUCGUUAUGAGUUUGUGGUACGCCUUCAUGUGGACCAGAUGUCGAGUCCCUGGAGUUCUGUAGUUCACCAUCAAACCCCCCCAGCAGCACCAAGCCAACCUCCUGCAGGAGUGCGAGUAACUCUGAUUGAGGAAGACACCGCUCUGGUGUCCUGGAGGGAGCCCACUGAAUCCAACGUGGUGAUUACACGCUAUACCAUCCUGUAUGCUUCACAAAAAGACUGGAUUGCUGGACACUGGCAUAAAGUCCAGAGAGAGGGGAGUCAUACGAUGGCCUUGCUGGAGAAGCUGGAGCCAGGAAAUAUCUACCUUGUAAAAAUAGCUGCCUCCAAUGAGGUGGGUGAAGGUCCUUUCUCUGAGAUUGUUGAGCUGGCACCGAAGCGAGGAAACGUCCACCGAAGCAAAAAUCCCAGACACUCUGACUGGUUUCCAGAUACUACAGUGUUCUCUGAUGGUCUCUACCACAUAGACCAGAGGUCUAUGACGGGGAUCAUCGUUGGUGUGAGCAUCGCUUUGACCUGUAUAAUUACAUGUGCUUUGAUUCUGAUCAGUAAGGGGAAACCAAGAAAAUCCUCCAGUCAUAAAGUCAUUGCUGUAGGAGCUCCUGAAGGUCCACGUUCUGGUUUUCCCAGUGAACGGCAUUUGGAGAAUGUUGAGGCCCUUAUACCCAUGAUGAGUGAUCACUUCAUAGAUGCUAAGAUUGAAAACAGAGCCAGCUUGUACGAAGCUGGCAAAACUGUUCUGAGAUACGAGGAGCAUCUCGGCUCUGCGCCCUUGCCGCCUUCAUCACGGGAGAUCAUCUACGGACCUCUUCACUCAGAGAGCUCUCACACCAGUGAGGGGAGCCAAGAGACUGGUGACUCUGGACACUACUCCAACGAAGAAAGCAACGAAGAGAUGAGCAGCCCGUUGAGCAGCCGAAGCUCUAGGCCUGAAUCUUUAGGGCCAGAUGACAGUAUCGCAGUUGUGGAGCUGAAGCAGUCUUUUAAAGUGGAAAAAGAGGUUGAUGCUUCCUUGCUUCGCGGCAUCUCAGUGGCCUCCAGUACUUGUCAAGCAGCCAGCUCCUAACAUCAUCAGGCCUGCAUCUGCUCUCCCAACAGCCAGAGUCAUGCCACUUCUACCUCAUCCACUUCCUGAGUGGAAGCCCUUUGGGUAUCUCCUGGGAAACGAGGGAUCAGGAAUCCUGCUGCUGCAAAGGAAGAUGUGUGCGUUUGCUUUGGACUUACCUCAGGAUUUUGUAUGAACAUUCUUCCUAACAUUUUUAUUUCCAUUUUUUUUAAAACAACUUCCUACCUGUAUUUCUGUGUUUGGCAUGGUCUGUCCUAAACCAAAACUCACCCACGAUGAAUGUCAAAAAAGAGAAUGUCAGAAAUGUACUGCGGUGCAUUUUCAUUAUAUUUAACUACUUUCCACUGGAGCAGAGGAUGUAGUUGAGCCUUUUUAGACUGAUUAUCUACCUCAGUGUUCUAGUCGUUAUAUACAUUACUACCUCCUUUUGUUUUUAACCACCUAUUGUGCAGUAUUAUCUCUGACUCAGGGGACAAAGUGAAAACAUUUCAUUGCCACGUCUUGUUACCGUGUUCGAACGUUAUCGCGUAGUUUUUGUUUUCAUGGUUGAAAGGGCUUUCGUUACAUGUUGUUUGUCUUUGAAUGCUGUAUGUUGUGAAGAUGAAAAGUGCAUUCAAUUUUUUUCAAACCUUGUAGAGCUUUAUCAAACAGUAUUGUUUGGCGUUUCCAGUGCACUGAACUUCAAGCUUUAAUAAUGCCUUAACGUCAAAGGGCUUUGCGUACUUUAGAUGAUGAGAUCCAAAGACGGGGAAAAAUUAUACCCAAAGAGUUUUUGAUACUACAGAAGAUAUUCUAAGGCAGCCAAAAACUUAGUAGAUUUACAUUAAGGGUGUGCUUGCCCAAAUUUUGUUUGUGCCAGUGAUGUAAAUUUCCCUUUAGAACGCUGAUUUUCCUCGGUGUAAAUUUUAUUAAUGGUUUAUUCUGGUGAAAGCUUUAGCACGAGUCUCUGGGGCUUGUUUCAUUUGCCUUCUAGACCAUUGCUGAGUGCAGCGGUGAUGCCGAUGCUAUUAUCCAAAGAGUUGUCUGCUUCCUCAGAUGGGUACAGCCUUUUCUUUUAUUCAGUCGAUCCUUGGUACGAAAAUGUUGAUGCCAAGACCAAAGAUCCAGUGUCCCAGUGACAGAUGAGGUUUAUAUUUUUCAGAGAAUCAUCUGUCACCUUUCACAAAUAUUGCCAUAUGGGAAAGACUUCUCUUUCUCUCUCCAUAAUGUUUCCUGUCCAGGUGCGACAAUGAAGGAUUUUGACUAUCAUAAUGGAAACCCUAUGUGUGAAGAGCAACAUAAUCAAUUUUUGAUACCUUUCUAAAACAAAUAAUGCUAACCAAAGAAUAUUGAUGUGUAUUAUUUAGUAAUUUUCUUUGGUUUUCAUUUACAUUAUAUACAUUAUUUGCAUUUAAAUGUGAUAAUAUUUGUGGGUUUGGUUGCUGAAAAGGCAUUUUACAUAGUUUUUUUUGUUUUUGUUUUUUUUAAGCUUCAGAUGUCAAAAAACGGUGCUUAUCACCAAAAAUUGUUUUUAACUGAGUAAUACGUUUAAAUAGUUUAGGUGACCCAUUUUAUAAUAAUGUGAAGAAAAACAUUUCCUAAUUUUAAUGUGACAUUUUGCAAAAUAUGGUCAGUUUAAACUUUCUCUGUGAAAUGCUUUAAUAUGAAAGAUUGCUUUGUAAGCCACUGAUAAUUUUGCAGACUUCAUUCAGGUUCCGAGUGUAGAUUUUAGGGUGUAGAUGUAUUUGUUAUUAUUUAAGUUAUGUUUUGUGUUUUGUUUUUUUGAAAUAUUUCUGCUUUUAAAUACCAAAUUACAUGUUUGAUCCAAAGAGAGCAACAAAACAAAGAAUUUAAUGUGUUAAAAUGUUCCAAAAAGCCUUUUUUUGAUACUCUCUAGAUGGUCGCACUAGUAGAUGAUGAUGAUGAUGAUGAUAAUAAAAUUCUUGGAAAAAAUAA